AGGCGCUACUGACCGAAAACCAACAUUAACCAAAAACAUUUUACUUUUGCGUAAUUGUUUCGAGCGCGCAAUUUGAAGACAAAGACUUUCACAUGGGAAAGUAUGACAUUUCUUAUAUCCCAUGUUGCACUUGAACGCAGCACAAGUCGGGCAGCUUUCAGUAAAAAGGCAGACGGAUGAUCCAGCUGCUGUGCGCGAGAGUGCGUGCGCGGAUGUGACACAACUGUCCUCCUCUAUUGAAGUUUGGAACAUAAAAGUGUUUCGGCGGCGCGGUGGGACUUCAGAGAGCGCUAAAACUUCAUACGCGGCCGCACUCAUGUGAUUUUCCUUGUGUGAGCCAUGUCCAAGAGCCUGAAGAAGAGAAAGAACCACUGGACCAACAAAGUCCAUGAGAGUGUUCUUUGUAGGAAUGAGGAGGGGAACCUGGGGCUGCAACUGAAGGGCGGCGCGGAGAAUGGACAGUUCCCGGUCAUCGGCGAGCUUCUCCCGGACAGACAGCUCUGCCACAGCGGGAAAUUGCUCCAGGAUGAACUCUUACUGGAAGUCAAUGAUACCCCCGUGGCUGGACUCACCACUAGAGACGUCCAUGCUGUGGUCCAACACUGUAAAGACCCGGUCCGACUCAAAUGUGUCAAACAAGGUGGUGUUAUAGACAAGGACUUGCGGCACUACCUCAACUUACGCUUCCAAAAGGGCUCAGUGGACCACGAGCUGCAGCAGAUCAUCAGAGACAACCUCUACCUCCGCACCAUCCCCUGCACAACCAGGCAGCCCAAGGAAGGAGAGGUCCCGGGGGUGGACUAUAAUUUCGUGACCGUUGACCGGUUUAUGGAAUUGGAGAAAAGUGGCGCCCUGCUAGAAAGUGGAACAUAUGAAGAUAACUUCUACGGUACCCCAAAGCCUCCAGUUGAGCCCAGCGCUCUGCUGCUAAAUGUAACAGACCAGCUGUUGCCCGGUGCCAGACCCAGCUCUGAGGGCAAGAGGAAGCGCAACAAGUCCGUCAGCAACAUGGAAAAGGCCAGCAUCGAGCCCCCUGAAGAGGAGGAGGAGGAGAAGCCCAUCGUCAACGGCAACGGUGUCGCUGUUACCCCAGAGUCCAGUGAGCAUGAGGACAAAAGCACGGACGCUUCAGCAGACCCUGAAUCAGUGCAGACCAACCCAGCCGCAGACACCACCUCUGAGGGGUCGAAGGAUGACAAACAGUCCCCCCAGACCACAGCUCCCAAACCAGAGGAGAACGAGGAGCUAGGGCCUCUGCCGGACAACUGGGAGAUGGCCUACACUGAGAAGGGAGAAGUCUAUUUUAUUGACCACAACACCAAGACGACAUCGUGGCUGGACCCGAGGCUGGCCAAGAAGGCAAAACCGCCAGAGGAAUGCAAAGAAGAUGAGCUUCCAUACGGCUGGGAGAAAAUCGAUGACCCCAUUUACGGCAGCUACUAUGUUGACCACAUAAAUAGAAGAACCCAGUUUGAGAAUCCAGUUCUGGAGGCUAAAAGAAGAAUCCAGCAGCAGCAACAGAUGCAAAGCCAGGGUCUGUCCUCACUGCCGCUCCCCACCAUCUACAGAGAGAAAGCACCAUUCACCCGGGACCCCACUCAGCUGAAGGGCAGUUUCUUAUCCACGGCUCUGCAAAAGAGCAACAUGGGCUUUGGAUUUACUAUAAUUGGAGGCGACGAGCCAGACGAAUUCCUCCAGGUCAAAAGUGUUAUCCCAGAUGGGCCUGCUGCAGCUGAUGGGAAGAUGGCCACAGGUGAUGUAAUUGUGUACAUCAAUGACAUGUGUGUCCUGGGCACCACACAUGCAGAUGUUGUCAAACUUUUCCAGUCCGUCCCGAUUGGUCAGAGUGUUACCAUGGUUUUAUGUCGCGGUUACCCUUUGCCCUAUGACCCAGAGGACGCCGCUAACUCCAACAACAACACCACCACGACCAUCAUCUCCCCACUCGGCAUCAUGGAACAGCGUCCCAUAGUGGUCAACGGGAGAGCCACCUACGACAACUACCUGGACUAUCUUUCCCGUACGGCGCGUUUUGUGACAGAUCCGAGUCAAGAACAAGUGAACGCCCAACAGCUCCUACCCCCGCAUCCUGGUGACACCCAUUUGGACGGGUCACUUCCUGCUGGUACCGGUACCACACCUCCGGACAGUGUUUCCAUGGCGUCUUCGGGGCCGACACAGGGCGAGCUUCUGACUCUGAGCAUGGUGAAAGGCGUGGAUGGGUUUGGGUUCACGAUUGCAGACAGUGCAACGGGGCAGAGGGUGAAACAGGUGCUGGAGCCUCAGGGCUGUCCCGGGCUGUGUGAGGGGGACCUGAUAGUGGAGAUAAACAAACAGCCCGUACAGGGACUCACACACACGCAGGUGGUGGAGCUGCUGAAGGAGUGUGCCGUGGGAGCGGAGACCAGCUUGGUGGUGCAGAGGGGUGGGACAGGUUACUAUUCCCCCUGGAAGACCCCAAAGCAGGUCCUGGAUCAGUGGGAGACCCAGAGUAGCCCUGCUCAGACCAGCCUAUCUGCCCCUAUUAUCUCCCACAGCACCCCCUUCUUCCCUCCUCUACAACUGCACAGAGGCUCAGUGCCCGAGACAGCCUCUGAGGCCCUGGUGCUGGCCAAACCUGACCCCUAUGACCUUUAUGAGAAGUCCAGGUCUAUCUAUGAGAAUAGGCAGCCCACCCAACCGAAGCCUGUUUAUACAAUGGACUCUUCAGGAGUUGAGUACCAGGACAUUGAGGUGCACCUUCGGCGGCAGAAGUCUGGGUUUGGUUUUCGGGUGCUGGGCGGGGAGGAGGCGGGACAGCCUAUUUUAAUUGGGGCAAUCAUCGAGAAGAGUCCAGCCGAUGUGGAUGGCCGCUUGCGUCCUGGUGAUGAGCUGCUGUUUGUAGACGGGAUCCCAGUGAUGGGGAAGCCACACAGAUACGUCAUUGACCUGAUGCACGGUGCCGCUCGCAAUGGACAGGUCAACAUGGUCAUCAGGAGAAGAGUGCAGCCCGCAGGUGAGCCUUGUGCGGAGAAUGGUCGUAGCUCCGGCUCUGUGUCCACUCAGCACAGCUCCCCCCACAGUGACUUCACUUAUGGCAACAGCAUCCAAGCUCCAAACUCCUCCACGGGCCUCAGCUCCACUCCAGAUGGGACGCCCAAUCAAAACUCACCGCCGCAUGAUGUCAUCAUCAACAGGAAGGAGAGUGAGGGGUUUGGCUUCGUCAUCAUCAGCUCCCUCAAUAGACCUGAGGCAGCAGCCACUAACACUGUGCCGCAUAAAAUUGGGCGCAUCAUCGAGGGCAGUCCAGCAGACCGCAGUGGGAAGUUAAAGGUGGGAGACCGGAUCCUGGCUGUGAACUCUCAGUCGAUUGUCAAUAUGCCGCACGCAGAAAUCGUCAAACUGAUCAAAGACGCGGGCCUGACCGUCACGCUUCGGAUCAUACCACAGGAAGAGAUCAGCAACCCCCCUUCUGCCCCCAGCUCGGAGAAGGAGAGUCCUCUAGCCCAGCAACACAGCCCUGCAACCCAACCAAAUACCACUACUACUCCCACCACUCAACAACCCACCCCAGGGUCAGAGGGCAUCAGCCAGUCCACUCCACUGCCCCAUCAAAGUCCUGUGAGACCUGCCCCACCACCGCAGAACUAUGCCCAUGAGGGCAGUUACAGAUCUGAGGUGAAGGCGAGACAGGAUGUCAAACCAGACAUUCGACAGCCUCCGUUCACAGACUACAGGCAGCCCCCCGUGGACUACCGACACCCCCCAGUGGCCGACUACAGGCAGCCUCCCACUCUGGAGUACAGGCACCCUCCACUGCUUGACUACAGGCAGUACGCCAUGCCAGACUACCGCAUGCCUCCAGUGCAGCUCACACAGGACUUUGACUUCUUCACGGUGGAGCUGGAGAAAAGUGUAAAAGGCUUUGGGUUCAGUAUUCGCGGUGGCCGGGAGUAUAAAAUGGACCUUUUUGUGCUGCGUUUGGCAGAGGACGGACCAGCCAUCCGAAAUGGGAGGAUGAGGGUUGGGGACCAAAUCAUAGAGAUAAAUGGGGAGACCACUCGAGACAUGACACACGCGCGUGCUAUAGAGCUGAUCAAGUCUGGAGGGAGGAGAGUCCGUCUGUUACUCAAACGAGGAACCGGGCAGGUCCCAGAGUAUGACAAUGCCGGCCCAUGGGAUGUUCGCCCUACAGCCUCCCCAAGCCUGUCUGAAGUAGCCCCGCCCAUCGACAGCCUUUCCAUGUCAUCGCCUCCAUCUCAUCUGGUCCCUGCCCCAGAGCCCCCUUACCUGUCACCUGUGGACAUGCCUCGAGACACCUGCAGCAGGCCGGAGCGAUCCAAGAGCCCUCAGACCAUUGAAGUGCUGAGUCCUGAAGCAAUUGGCAGCCAGGGCAGACGCACAGGGAGCAGCCGGGCCAAGAAAGAGGGUGGCAGGUCCACCCACAAAUGUGCAGACGACGGGUGCCGAAUGGGGCCAAAACUGAUGAAAAGCACCCGUGGGCGUUCAAAGGAAAGAAGUGUAAAGGACAACAGAGAGUCUGCACGCUCUCCAGGAGGGAACAAGUUACCCCACACUAAUGGUAAUAGCAACAUGGAGCACUAUUGCGGUGGGACUGACCUGGACCAUAAGAAGACAAGGGAGUUGGAUAGGGGGUUGGGGGAGAGCCGUCCAGUCCUACCCCCAAAGAGCACGACCACACACAGCAGCAGUGCCUCAGGUAGAAAGGCCACAGUCUCCCCUGGGCCCUGGAAGAUCCCUGGAUCAGACAAGCUGCCCAGCACACUGCGGUCAGGCACGUCUACACUGAGCAGAUAACAGCACUAUGUGGACCAGAACAUCUUUUGAACUACAGAUCAAACUACCUAAUCUAAAGUUACUUUAGUUGGCUACUCAAAGUCAAACUGAGGGGGACAUGUUUUCAAAGAACCUUUUAUUUAUGACACCUUUAAAUUAUUUUAGAGAUUUUACACCUACCACCUUAAAACUGGAAAACCAUUGAUGUUUUCACAAAUGGGAUAAGAAGAAUGUGUGCAGUUGUUGGCAACAUGCAAAGUUUAAGCAACUUUUUAACUGGAGUGGCAGAACUGUCAGUCACUCCUGGAGUUUUUUAUCUACAAAGUGGAGUCUAUUUUAUAAAAGAAGGAUUUGAAGUGGAGACAAGAUCAACAGAACUUUGCCUUAACUGACUGUGUGGGCCUGAACCUUUCUUGAACAUCAGACCAUAAUAGAGAUAGAUAUAAUAAAUGCAUAUGCGGCAUCAUUUGUAAAUAAGAUCACCUUUAAAUGAACAAAUUGACAAUGAGUUUCACACAUUAGAUGAUUCUGAGGCCGUAGUUUGCUGGGUUCAAAAACUGUGGUUGCAGACUGCACCGUUUGUGUGAAUCGUGUGUAUUUUAUUGGGACUGUCGACUCAAACCAUCAUUUCUGCUUUUAAGUGUCAAAGCAAUCAGUGGUAAUGAAGUUGGGCAGAGUGCCUUAGACAAGUUUUGAGACUCUGCAACAUUUCAGACCGGCUGCUAUAAGACUGACUACACAGUUGGUAAAGAUACUGUAUUUUUUAAAUUGAGUAUUAGAUAUUUCGCAUUAACAGAGUUUUUAUGUGGAAAGACUCAUUUCAGAUCAUUAUAGUUUUAUUACAGUGUUCUGACACUAACAUUUUUAUUAAGAAUUACAAUAAAUAUAUGUAACCACGUUUAAGCUCAGAGCUGAUUUUGCACCAAAAAAAAAGACCAAAUAAUUACUGAUAAUUUGAAACCUCCGAUUAACUAUAUCUAUUAACCUAAUGAAAACAGCAGAUUUUCCAACCUCUGUGUAAAUGUAAUUGUGCGAAUCUGUAUUUCAAGGAAUACAGUUCACACCUGACAAAUGUAAUGGCAAUUGAAUAUAAAAAAAAUUACUUCAUCAGAUGAAUUAUUUUUCUCACAGCUCAUUAUGAAAAACAUUGACGGACUUGAAUAACUGACCAAGUGAGCACAAGGUCUGGCAUUGGAUUUGCUGGGUUUGUUCAUGCACAGUAGUUUGUGAUUUCUUCAUAAAGGAGCAGUGUGCAGAGUAAUCUCACUAAACUUAAACCAAAUGCAACAUUUCAGACAAAAGGUAGCACCUGCCAUCAUCAGCUUAAUAGAAAUGAGCAUUACUUCUGUGUGAAAUGGAAAAAAAGUCUAUAUUUGUUCAGCAUUCGCACAACUCAUUGCUGUCCAUAUUAAAGCUGCCAUACAGCCAAAAGGUCUGUUUAUACACAACUAAAAAAAAAAGAAAUAAAUGUAUCUGGAAUUGUAUGUUGACACUCCAGCAGCUCAGCAUCACUGUGUUGUCCAAUAGCAAUGUCUAGACUUAACAAAUAUCUCUAUAAAUAUGACUUAUUAUACUAUUGAUGGACACAAAGACUAUAUGUGGAGCAACUAUUUUUUAUGAAAGCAACAUGUGGAUAUAUUAACUUUUGCAGAAAUCUUGUUUACCUGUAUAAUAUUCUGAAAGAAAAGUGUAAAAAAUAAAAACUU